AUGACGCUCCCGGAGGAAUCCAACGAGGAGCGAGAUCGCCGGCUUCAACAGCUGUUCAGCACGAUUGAUACUGAAAAAACCGGCAAAUUCGAUCUUGAUCAAUUGAAAAAAGCAUUUGAAAAGAACGACCACCCAUUGAGGCGAUCUCCCGACGCCGUAGAGCAUAUUUUCAGGUCUCUUGACGAUAACAAAGACUCGUUGGUCGAUUUCGAAGAUUUCAAAAAAUACGUGCUGGCCGCAGAAAUCCAGAUACGACAAGGGUUUUUGAGACUUGACCGAGACGGAGACGGUAAGAUUCGUGUGAGCGAGCUUUCGAACUACCUCAGCAAACUAGCCGAGGAUAAUGAGCCCCGGCCCGAAAAGCCUACCACUUUCAAAAAAUUCAUGAAUUGGGCAUUCAUCCCCAAGAAAAAAACAGCGGAAGACACGCCUUAUAUCACAUAUGACCAAUGGCGCGACUUCUUGCUGUUCAUGCCCCGCAAACGCGGGUCGCGAUUGCAUACCGCAUUUUCAUAUUUUUAUCUCUUCAACGAAGACGUGGAUUUGUCGUCAGAAGGAGACGUGACUUUGAUUAACGACAUCAUUCGCGGCUUCGGAUUUUUCAUAGCAGGAGGUAUCUCUGGAGUCAUAUCAAGGACAUGUACCGCCCCCUUUGAUCGAAUCAAAGUAUUUCUUAUUGCAAGAACGGAUUUGUCGUCAACGCUUCUGAAUUCGAAAGAUCGAGUUCUGCAACACAAUCCAAGUGCUGACAAGGCAAAAAUUAAGUCGCCAUUGGUGAAGGCUGCCACCUCACUUUAUAGACAAGGUGGCAUCCGUGCAUUUUACGUGGGAAAUGGUUUAAAUGUUAUAAAAGUGUUUCCGGAGUCUGCCAUCAAGUUUGGUUCUUUUGAAUUUGCCAAACGUGUAAUGGCACAAUUGGAAGGUGUGAAAGACACAUCGGAGCUAUCUAGGUUCUCAACCUACAUUGCUGGUGGGUUAGGUGGUGUAAUGGCACAGUUUUCUGUUUACCCAGUUGACACGCUAAAGUAUAGGGUUCAGUGUGCUCCGCUUAGUGCCCACCGAAAGGGCGCACAUAUAAUGAUUGAGACUGCUAAACAAAUGUACAAAGAGGGUGGUUAUAAACUAUUCUACAGGGGUGUAACUGUUGGCGUUAUGGGCAUCUUUCCCUACGCCGCCCUGGAUUUGGGAACAUUUUCUGCUUUGAAGAAAUGGUACAUUGCACGCCAAGCACGUAUCACUGGCAUCCCGGAGGACCAGGUUACAAUGAGCAAUGUUUUUGUGUUGUUAAUGGGCGCGUUUAGUGGAACGGUAGGUGCAACUAUGGUAUACCCAAUAAAUCUUUUACGGACAAGGCUGCAAGCUCAAGGAACGUUUGCGCACCCGUAUAGAUAUUCGGGAUUCAGAGAUGUUUUCACGAAAACUGUCGCAAGGGAGGGGUACCCGGGACUUUUCAAAGGCCUUGUACCCAAUUUAGCUAAAGUAUGCCCUGCCGUGUCGAUCAGCUACCUAUGUUACGAAAACCUCAAGAAAGGCAUGAAAUUGGAAUGA